AUGGUUGAAGCCGAUGAAGCCAGCCUUUCAGUCCGCGAAGCGGCGCUUUCCUUAGAUAAGCGAGCAGCUGAGCUCGAGGCCAUCAGUGAAAGACGCAAAGAAGUCUCUUUAGGGGUUUCACUCGCCCUUGCUGCUCUAGCAGCAGAGGCAGCUGCCGUGCGCCGUCCAAAAAGUUUCCUCAUUUUAAGUGGCAUCCAAACUAGUGUCCGCUAUGAGAGCAAGAAGGGCCGAGAGUCCCAGGAUUACAAUGCGACUGUGACAGGUCGCUCACCCAGGCCUCGCAGUCCCAAGAGGAGCGUGCCACCUGAUUGGCUGGGAAAGCUGCCUACAGGGCAUCGUUGCGAUCAACGCUCAAGAAUGCACAACGGUCGCGAAUCAACGCACAGGCUGCAGCAGCCGUCUCUGCCUCUGUGGCUUCCGAGACUCAUCAUCAAAGGCUUCUUCGUAACGGUCCAUGACCUGCAUUUGCCAAUUCUGCAACGCCCGCAAAUGGGCCGGGAAGCCUUCCGGGCUGUGCUGCUCCUCCGGCAAAACUACAACCUACAGGCCGAAACCCGGAUUGGUAUUUUGCCGCCGCCGGGAAGAGUUCCUCGUAGGGACGUCAUACUACUACUUCAGGCCAUGCUUCACGAGGUUAACAGCUACAUUCGCAGUUUCAAAUAUGCUUUGGAAAAUGCUCUCUUUCCUAACUUCAGCAUUGUAAUUCACGUCGACAAACGGUCUCAUGAUGAACACGAACGCCGCUACAAUGCUCCUGCGUGCAACGAAGUGGCCUCUAUUAUACAUGGGGAGCAAGACCGCACUCGCGAUGUUGUCCUCAAAUCAAGAGACCCGUCGAUCAUAUGA